AUGGGUCUUUUCACUCGUCACGAAGACGACCACGACCACGGUCUACCCACAAACCUACACGCCUCGACGGGACAGCAAGCUCUGGCAACAGCGGCAGCGGCAGAUGACGACUCGGCAGGACUGGUCUCAGGCGCGACCUCGCACCGGGUGCGGGCUGGCAGUAAGCGCGAUCUGACGUCGCCGGCCAAGGUCGACGUUCGAGGGGGUGACAACGAGGACGAGGACGAUGAGGACGACGAGGACGAGGACGAGGACGAUGAGGACGACGAGGACGAGGACGAACCAGAUGUCGAGGAUUUGUUAUGGGGUGCUCAGGUCAGUUCACGCGUUCGGUGUUCGUGCAUCGGUGACGGCAGUUAG